CUAAAAGAAAAGUGGCUUAACAUAAUAAGGGUUCAAAGACGUGAAAACGAUUGGCUACCAACGCCCUAUAAUAAAGUUUGCUCAAAGCAUUUCUCAGCUAGCGAUAUAUAUGUGACGAAGAAAAAUUAUCGAAGCAUAAAAAAGGCUGCAGUUCCUAUUAUUAUUGUAAAAUUAUACGUCAUUUUUAAACACAAUAUUUCAAAGUAUUGGUUUUCAUGAAAUAACCGGAUUUUUUAUACUUUUUUUUUUAGCAAAAAGAACAAAAUAUUAUUUCAUCACCAACAAGUUUGGAACAUGUUCAAGUGGCAGAAGAAGGUUCAAUUUUUGAAACGCCAAGGAAAGCUAUUUUGAAGAAAAAGAUUAGUAAACUUUCCUUAGAAAAACGCAAGUUACAGUUUAAGAAUUAUAAUUUAGUAAAAAAAAAGUAAAAGGCUAAAAGAAAAAUGCAAUAACUUAAAACAGUUAGUUUCUGAGCUCCAAAAAAAAAAUUUUUUUUACUGUUGACCAGAUCAAUGAACUGAAUCUUAAAGCCGAAACAGUAGAAUUUAUAACUCAACUCACUUUAAGACUCAAAAUAGCAAGAUUAAGGGCUAUCGUCAAAAAUAUACCCCAGCGUUAAGAAAAUUUGCAGUCACCCUGCACUAUUAUUCCGUAGCUGCCUACAAAUAUGUAAGACAGAUAUUUAAUGGAUCUUUACCACAUCCUCGUGUCAUAGGUAAGUGGUACGAAAACAGCUCGGGUGAUCCUGGGUUUAAUAAACAAGCGUUAGAUGUUUUAGAAAAGAAACAUAAAUAUAGUGGCCAGCGAAUAUUGUGCACGUUAUUUGCAGACGAGAUGGCUCUUGGUCACCAAACUACGUGAACAGGAAAAAAGACUGCAGGUAUCGUGGACUUUGGUGCUGGAUCAGCAAAAUCGUGUGAAAUAGCGACUCAGGCAUAUGUUUUUAUAUUAGUGUGUAUGAACGAAAGUUGGAAAAUCCCAGUAGCAUAUUUUCUUGUUAACGGACUCUCUCGGGCAAAUUUACUAAAAACAUGUCUAAGUGAAUGCUACCGUGUGGGAGUUAACAUUGUAGCCAUAAGAUUUGACGGCUGUGCAUCUAAUAUAAAUGCAGCUAAUUUAUUAGGUUGUGAUCUUAAACAACCAUCACAACUUAAAACAAUAUUCAGACACCCGGAAUGUGAUUUAGAUGUUGCAAUUAUGUUUGACCCUUGUCACAUGAUUAAAUUAGUAAGAAAUUAAUUUGAAUCUAAAAGACAAUUAUUUGACGGGAGUGGAAGGACGAUUCGCUGGCAGUUAUUAGAAAAUUUAGUUAAGCUUCAAAAAAAUGUUGGACUUAAUUUUGCUAACAAAAUCACCCCUCGUCACAUUUAUUUUAGAAAUGAAGUGAUGAAAGUCAAAUUGGCAACACAAAUCAUGAGCAUGAGUGUUGCAAAUGCUCUCAAAUUGUGUGACGAGAUUUUAACAUCUUCCCUUUUCGUGGACACUAAAGAGACGGUAGAGUUUAUAGAAAUUUUUAGUAAUUUAUUUGAUGUUUUUAACUCUAAAUCAUCGGAUUUGUACGGCGUAAAAAAACCAUUUUCUCAAAAAAAAAAAUGCCAAUAACAUCAUAGCUUUUCUAGAAAAAGCGAAACUUUAUAUAUUGAAUCUUUACAUUUUUAUUAAAUAUAGACGCGAGGUUCGUAAACGAAUCACCAUAAAAAUAAUUAAGAAAAAAAAUGUUGAAUCUAAAAAUAAAACAGGCUUUUUAGGCUUUCUCAUUUGUAUACAAAAAUUUAAAACAUCUAUACACAACUUUGAUCGAAGGACAACGUUUGCCAUACAUCGCAACUUACAGGUUGUCUCAAGAUCACAUUGAAAUGUUGUUCGGUGCUAUCAGGCGACAUGGAGGUUAUAACAAUAAUCCAAACGGUAUCCAGUUUAAGGCAAUUUUCAAAAAAAUCCUUCAACACCUGGAAAUGAAAUCUUCGUUUUUAGGAAACUGCCUAUCAUUAGAAGACAUAACUGUAUUAACGUGUUCGUCUGCAGUUCACAACAUUAAUUCUACAGUAAGUAGAAGAACUAUGGAUGAGGAGAUUGAGUCUAUAGAGAAUGACACUGGGUUAAUAAAUGCAACUGCUGUAGAAAAUGCUAUUAACACAAAUGUCGAAGUGUUUUCGACAAUGUUAAAUCAAGAAAGCAUUAAAAAAACCACUGAACAGAUUAUCGGUUAUAUUUCAGGAUGGGUAUCCAGAAAACUGGCUUCAGUAUUGAAACGUUCGACAUGCACCGAUAGUCUGUAUUGUAAUAACAAAUUGUGGUUUCAUAAAUUGAUUAUUUUAAAAAAUAUUGGUGGACUAUGUUUCCCGAGUGAGGAUGUAUUCCAAAAAGUCAGAAUCUAUAAUUAAAAACUACAUUAAAGAAAUGGGUCACAUUAUCCUUCCCGAUCACAAAGAUAUCCAAAUUUUAAAAAACCGUAUUUUAAAGUCGUUUAUCAGCUCCAAUGACGUAUUUGGUUCUUUACAUCAACAUUCUUUAGAGCAACAUCCCACAUUUGAUCAUAGAGUGCACCGUAUUCGCGCGGUCAUUGAGAAAUUUAUCAAUGUUCGCCUACAUUUCGCACACAAAAGCUCUGAAUCAAAUUAUAAGAGGCAAAGAAGAAAUAAAUUAAGUUUGUUUGAAGGGAUUUAAAAAUAUGUAUCUGCAACAUAAGUCAGUAAUAUACGACUUCGAUUACCGUACUGUUCGAUUGCCUAUCAGAAUGUUAAUGUUCUUUCAUUAUUAAAUAAAAGUUUUUUUUUUAUGUUUAUAAAGAUAUUUUGUUUUAUUUUUUAAUUUAAUAUGUAACAAUAAUUAAUUACUUACUGUUGCGGAAUACAGCAUUCAUAUUUUAAAGAUUAAUAUAUAUACGGUAUAUCAACUAUUUUAUAAACUCUAGAAAAUCGGAUGUCCUUUUCUCCCCAUAUGCCUCUGAUAGCUACAUCACUCAUGCGCUCGACCAAUGAGCAACUGAAGAUGUUAUUUGUUUCCCUCUAGCAACAGGCAUCCCGCCGUGCGAUGUCAUACAUCGCAACUUUUUUCUUUCUCUUUCUUCACGCGUAUAAGUAGUUCUAGUAUUUUCGCCGUUUUUAAGCGCCGCGAUGUUCGUUCAUGACGUGUCUAUAUAUAAUACGUCAUUGGAUAAACCUGUUAAUCGUAAAAUAAAACUAGUUUUAUUAUUUCAAAAAGUUUUCCUAUUUAGCAUGCUAAAUUAGGUUUUUCGCUUUAAAAGUAAUAUGUUAUUUACAUGUACGUCUUAAAGUUCUCUAAUAUUUGUGCAUUAAUUUCAAUGUCUGAUGAAUACGAAAUUUUUGAGUUCCUCGAAGAGGACAAUGAAAGCAAAAUUGUGGAAGACAAAAUUGAAAGGGCAAUAUUACGCAGCCAAAUGGAGUCGUUUUCGAUUGAUGACGAUGAAUUCGUAAAAAGAUAUCGCUUCAGCAAAAACUUUGUGUUGGAACUUUGUGAUGAUUUAAGACCUUUUAUGACAAAGCCUGCUAAAUUUACUGAUUUGUCGAUCGAAACCAAGGUUGAGUAUUAGUUAAAUUAUUCAUCACUAGUAAAACAUUACUAAGUGAUAUUUAAUGUAGUUUUAGAAAAAAUGCAUACUCAUUAUUUUUUAUAAUUAUUUUAGGUCUUAAUUGCACUGUCUUUUUAUGCCACGGGAUCGUAUCAGCCACCUAUUUAUCUGUAUUAAGAGCAAGCGAAUCAAACAAAUUUUUUUGUUUCUUUCACCAUAUGCGGUUUCCUUUGUUUGGAACAAAGGUACUAUGUUCCAAACAAACGGCUGUCGUCAACUGUUUUGGUGGUUUUAUGUGAUUAUUUGCUAAAUUAUUGACGUUUGAGUUACGUAAAGUUUAAAGUUUUUUGUUUUAAACACAGUUUAUGUGAAAUUAUGGUGCGUUGUUGUGUUAGGUUGUAAAAACCAACCAGAACGAAAAGUACCAAACAUAAAAAUAAAAUUGUCUAUAGAAAUCGAUUAGCUGAUUAAUUUUCGUUAUCUCUAGUGUAUAAUUAUCAGAAAAUAUACAAUAAAUUACUAAAAUAACCUACAACUUUGUUUCGUUUUAUACCACUAAAUUAAGAAGCGUUCUUUUAUUUAAAGGUCGCCAUUUAUUUUUCGUCGUUUCAAAUUUGCUGUAUGAUCACUACAUGGAUACCAGUGCUUGGCAAAAAAUGUCCUUAAUUUCUUAACGACUGAACAAAUUUUUUAACCUUAAUUUAAUUACCAAUAUAAUUUAUUUAUUUUAGAUUUCCUAAAGAAGCAAACAUUAUAAAUAUGUGGAUUGUAGCUACUGGGAGAAAGGAAUGGCAACCUGAGAAGAAUGACCGCAUAUGUUCGAAACAUUUUGAGCCGCGUUAUUUUCGUAAAACGCACAAGAGGACAUAUUUGUUGCCGAAUGCCAUUCCAACAUUUUUUAUUCCAGAUAUUAUUGAUGAGUGACCUUGUACUACGAAACAACUGAAAAUCUUCGAACCAGGACUUCAGGAAAGUACAGUUCAGCAACCUCGUCCUAGUACUAUUAACAUACCAAAAAGUGUUGAAUGGAGACUGGAGGAAAUCGCUGUAGAACAACCUAGUACUAAUAAAAAAGCAAAACUUUCUGAACCAGUGCAUGAGCUACACAGAUAUCUACAAAGUGGACACAUAUUCGAGAUGCAUUUAUGAGAUCCCUGAAAAAUGAAAAAGAAAAAAAGCGAUCUGGUGCAGGCGCAAAAACUACUAGGCCGUAUGUUUAUAAGAAUCAGCUGUCUUUUUUAUUAAAAGUUACUGAGCCCCGUAUGACCUCUGAUUCAUCUAAUGAGCCUAAUAAUACUAUCUCUAAUACAUUAAGUGAUGCAGCACCUUCUACUCAAAAGAAAACUAAGACUGACACAUUAGAUGAUAAAAUGUCACAAUUUCUAGAUUAUAAAUUAAAUAAUCAAGAACACCCACAUGUGUCCUUUAAAAAAGGAAUUUUACCAUCUUUGGCAUCAUUCGACAACGAUGACAAUUUUGAAUUCCAAACGGGUAUUAUGCAACUGAUUGAAAAAAUUAAAAAGAAACGCCUUCGUAAUAAUUUAUACGAUACUUAUGCAAACUAUGGUGACUACCAAAACCACUUAUCACAACCGACAGGAUAUUUUACACAAGAUCCAGGUGCAUCAACUUCGACUAGCAAUCAAGUUAUGGAACCGGCUGCAUCACCAAAUUCAGUCUAUACUAAUUUGUCUGAUAGCACACAAGAUUCUUUUAAUUUUGACAAUAUAUAAUUUAAAGAUGUCUUUAUUUAUAAAACGUGUAACUCUAAAAUAAAUCUCUAAAUAAAUAAAUGUAUACAUU